ACGUACACAGUACCAGUCUUUAUCAACGACCCCAGCGAUAUCACUGAACUGAUCUUCAAGGGCGAAAACGGUGAGGAAGCAAAAUUUGGUAUUACCAUACCGACUAAACGUCCAUCUGAAACACUCGCGCAGCCUUUCAAUGAGACAUUCCAACUAUCGUUCAUGCCAAAGACUUUGGAAGAUCCGGGUGCCAAAACCCCACCAAAGUCGCCAUGUGGCGACGGCAACAUAGGCGUUUGUAAAUCGAACAUAAAGGCAAACUCAACUUACAUAUUGACAGCACAAAUGACAGACAAGUCGGUAAAUCUUACGCUAUCUGAUGUUAAAGAGGGCGAACAAGCAGAUACGGACAGCAACAUUAUAGUGGCUACCUUCGUGCCAAUCUCCGCACUCUCCGCAGCCGCUUGGAUUUCCGGUCUGGCUGCUGUUGUUUUCGCCAACCUGGCUAUCCUCUUCUCACUCAACUAG